AUGAUUUCCUCUUACUUUACGUUGUUAAUAAUUUUGCUUAUUAUUUUUGUUUACACCGAAAACACGGUUGCUCGGACGAAACCGUAUCCAAAGUCUAAGUCAUCGAUCGAUGAUUAUUUCGCGGACAAGGGACGACCUCUACAGCAGACACGAGAAUACGAUGCACAAUUUUGGAUGAACCGGGGCUUGUCUGACCUGAGGCGUCGGCUCAAAGAGCUAGAGAAUCCGAUCGUCGGUCGGGCCAAAAACAUAGUGUUCUUCUUAGGCGACGGCAUGUCCAUAGCAACUGUGACCGCAGCUAGAGUACACAUGGAACAGUCAUCCGGCAGUGCCUUCCCGGACGGUAAUGCAUCGUUGACGUUUGAAAACUUUCCGUACACCGGAUUGGUCAGGACGUAUUGUGUCGACAAACAAGUGGCCGAUUCGGCUUGCUCGUCAACUGCUUACAUGACCGGCGUCAAGGCGAAUUCAGGCACGGUAGGCGUUUCGGGCGCCGUCCGGGAAAACGAUUGCAAAGCGUCGUUAGACUCCAAGAAUCAAGUUGACUCGAUAUUGCGAUGGGCCCAGAUGGCUGGAAAGUCUACUGGGAUCGUCACUACCACGAGAGUAACGCACGCGUCUCCAGCUGGCGGUUACGCUCAUUCGGCUAACAGAGGUUGGGAAAGCAGUGCACCCGACGAUUGUUUGGACAUAGCUCAACAACUGGUGACUCAAUCUCCCGGAAUUGAGUUGGAUGUAAUCCUUGGUGGUGGUCGACAAGAGUUCCUGCCGAAAAAUAUGAACGGCAAUCGAGAAGACGGCCGAGAUCUAAUCGCCGAAUGGAAGGUGCGCAUGAUGAAGAACCACCGAAUAUACGAAUAUGUGAAAAACAAAACGGAACUGUCGGAUGUGAAUCUAAAAGACGUGGACAAACUGUUGGGUCUGUUCUCCAUGAGUCAUAUGUCUUAUACGGGCACCAAGGAAGUGGAGAGAGACGAGCCAUCACUUAGCGAAAUGACUAUGGCAGCUAUCGAGGUGUUGCGGAAGAAUGAAAACGGAUAUGUACUAUUCGUCGAGGGCGGCAGAAUAGAUCAUGCGCAUCAUCAGAAUUUGGCACACAUGGCGUUAAGCGAAACUAUUGCUUUUUCUCGAGCUGUGGACGUAGCCGACACCGUCACCGAUCCUGAAGACACGUUGAUCGUGGUUACGUCAGACCAUUCGCACACGAUGACCAUAAACGGAUAUCCAUCCAGAGGUGACAAGAUCGUCGAGCGUGUGGACCGCGGCGGCGAAAGUUACUCAAUUUUAAGUUACGCUAACGGGCCGUCCGCCAAAUUCCACAAGUACCAGAAACAGCCGUCCAAGUACGGUGAUAAAUUCGAUAUUUACCCGUCGUUGGUGCCCAUGCCCCUGGAAACACACGGCGGUGAAGACGUGGCCGUAUGGGCUCGAGGCCCGUGGGCCCAUCUGUUCGUCGGGAGCUUCGAACAGAACGUACUGCCUCUGAUCAUGUCAUAUGCGUCAUGCAUAGGUCCCAGCAAAGGAAAGUGCUCAGAUAGAUAA